UAGCCGCCACCACCAAUCUCAUCUCAUCUAAAAAUGACACCUAAAUCCAACCAAACACACACUUUCAUCUUCCAAACAUGCAUCUCUCUAUUUUCUUCCUCCUUUUGUUUUUCCUCACAAAUCUUCAACCUUCAUUUUCCCAACAACAACAUCAAAAACUAACAUCAUUCAACAUCUCAAACUCACCAUGGCUUCCUUCACAAAACAUAACACUAACCUCACCAAACACAAAUUUCUCAGCUGGUUUUUUUCCUAUACCAAAUUCACAAAACCUCUUCACUUUCUCUAUUUGGUUCACAAAAAUACCUCAAUCUUCAAAUCCUCUUAUUUGGAGCAUACCAACAAAUCUAAGUUCAUCUUCCUCUCUUGUUAUCACUUCAAAAGGUGAACUUUUACUCAACAAUGUUUCCUUUGUUAAUCAUUCCAAUUCCUCACAACUUGUUCUUCAUGAUAGUGGAAACUUAGUUUUUGGAAAUUGGACUAGUUUUUUGAAUCCUACUAAUACUAUUGUACCAAGCCAAAAUAUUAGUGGAAUUGAAAUUGUUUCAAGUAAUGACAAGUAUAAGUUGAUUAAUUCUAGUUUUUUGAUUCUCAAUGAUAAUUCAUCUUCUCAAUACUAUAACACACAAAGCCCUUUGGUGAGUAUGGAUGAUCUUGGAAAAAUGAGUUAUCAAAGUAACUCUUUUCUUACUUCUGAUUAUGGUGAUUCUAGGAUUAGAAAACUUGUUCUUGAUGAUGAUGGAAAUUUGAGAAUUUAUAGUUUUUAUCCUGAACAAAAGAAUACAUGGGUUGUUGUUUGGUUAGCGAUUUGGGAAUCGUGUAAAAUCAAAGGAAAAUGCGGUCCUAAUUCGAUAUGUAUGCCUAGAGAAGAUUUUUAUAAUUCAACUUAUUGUGUUUGUCCUUCUGGAUUUGAGCCUGUUGAAGGUGGAAGUGAAAAGGGUUGUAAGAGGAAAAUUCAACUUUCUAGUAAUAUUCAUUUUCUUAGGCUUGAUUAUGUAAACUAUACGAGUAAUGGUUCAAUGAACCAAAUUACUGCUAAUAACUACUCAAUUUGUGAAUCAAACUGUACAAGAAAUGUGGACUGUCUUGGAUUUGGAUUCAAAUACGAUGGAUCGGGACUUUGUGUUUUGCUACGAGGUAAACAGCUUCAGUAUGGUUAUUGGUCACCGGGGACUGAACUUGCUUUGUUUUUGAAAGUGGAUCAGAAGGAAACAGAAGCUCCUAAUUUCAUUGGUAUGACAGAAGUUAUGCAAACAACUUGUCCUGUGAGGAUAAGUUUGCCUUUGCCGCCGAAGGAUUCGAACACUACCACGAGAAAUAUUGUUAUUAUCUGCACGCUUUUUGCGGCUGAACUCAUUGCUGGUGUGGCUUUCUUUUGGUCUUUCCUUAAGAGGUAUAUCAAGUAUAGGGACAUGGCUACCACAUUAGGUCUUGAGCUUUUACCUGCAGGUGGUCCGAAAAGGUUUACCUACUCGGAGAUCAAAGCUGCUACUAAUGAUUUCUCGAAUCUCAUUGGGAAGGGUGGAUUUGGAGAUGUUUAUAAAGGCGAGUUGCCAGAUCACCGUGUUGUUGCGGUGAAGUGCUUAAAGAAUGUUACUGGAGGUGACGCUGAGUUCUGGGCGGAAGUUACAAUCAUUGCGAGGAUGCAUCAUCUUAACUUGGUUCGAUUGUGGGGUUUCUGCGCCGAGAAAGGUCAAAGAAUACUUGUUUAUGAAUACAUCCCGGGUGGAUCAUUGGACAAGUACCUCUUCAGGGUCAAGUCUAAAAAGAGUAGUGGUACUGGUGAGUCAGAAUCUGAUCUAAGUCAUGAUACUAGCCUACCAGAUCCAAGUAUCUCAGAUAAACCUGUUUUGGAUUGGAACAUGAGGUAUAGAAUUGCACUUGGUAUGGCAAGGGCUAUUGCGUAUCUACAUGAGGAGUGUUUGGAAUGGGUUUUGCAUUGUGAUAUUAAGCCAGAAAACAUUCUCUUAGGCGAUGAUUGUUGUCCUAAGAUAUCGGAUUUUGGAUUGGCGAAACUAAGGAAAAAAGAAGACAUGGUGACUAUGUCAAGAAGGAGAGGAACUCCUGGUUAUAUGGCACCUGAAUGGAUAACAGCAGAUCCAAUAACUUCUAAAGCUGAUGUUUAUAGUUUUGGUAUGGUGUUGUUGGAGCUUGUGAGUGGAGUGAGGAACUUCGAGAUUCAAGGCUCUGUGGCGAGGAGUGAUGAAUGGUAUUUUCCUGGAUGGGCUUUUGAUAAGAUGUUUAAGGAAAUGAGAGUUGAAGAAAUUCUUGAUAGUCAAAUUUGUCAUGCUUAUGAUAGUAAAGCACAUUUUCAAUUGGUUAACAGAAUGGUGAAGACUGCGAUGUGGUGCUUGCAAGAUAGGCCUGAGGCAAGGCCAACAAUGGGGAAAGUUGCUAAGAUGAUAGAAGGGACUGUGGAGAUCAUGGAUCCUAAGAAACCAACAGUUUUCUUCCUUGGGGAAGAGUAGUUUGAUUGUUAAUGAUGUUUUAUAUUCAAGUCCUCUGUAGCACCGACACUUCAAAUUAAUGUGCAUGUCCGGCACCAUCAUGACAUUGAGACAUGUAACUACCGAUGUCUACGUGUUAGUGUCGUGUCUAAUAUCUGUGUCAGUGCUUGAAUUUAGUAAUCAAAUGUACAAUUUUAGUUAGCUUGAAUUUUCUCUUCCACUGUAAUAUGUUUUGUUCAACUGUAAUUUAUAUUUACCACUGUUGCAAGUGUGUUUUGAUUUUUAGCAUCAAUGACAUGAGUCUUUUUUUUCCUCUUUCAUGUAUGUUCUUCUCUUGUUUGAUAAGUCGGUCAUUGCGUUGACAGAGAAAAAAAUGUUUCUAUUUCUUGUGUCUGGAUAUGUAAUCUAAAAAAAAA